AUCAACAGCCGCCAUUUUGCGCUGGAGAGACUGAGAAGUAUUUCGGAAUUUGUCGUGUAAAUUUUCUGUUUUUUCUUAAUCAUUUUAUCAUAAACUUGUCCAUUCCCUAUAUUUUCAAGUGUUAAGUGAAAUAGUGUAAUAGGAUCGCUAAAAUAAGUUCAAUAAAGUAGCAAAAAUCUGGUGAUAUUGUUUUCAUUUAUUGUGCUAGUUCCGUCGGAAGAUGGUGAGAGGGUCUGUGUAGCUCUUCGAUUCGGAGCUUUGUAAUGGCGAAUACUUGAGUGAGAAAUUUUAAUAUGUGCCUUCAAUGGUUCGAAGGACAUCGAACGAUCGGGAUGUGGGUGAAUUAUAUUGUGAUGAAUGACAAAUCGCUCUAAAAUGUUGUUUUUUAAAGAUAUUAGAUAUAAAAGUGUUAUUUGAAUCGGCGGGCCGAAAUAUUCACGACGGCUUACGUUUAGUAAACAGAGCCAUGGCCGAUCAUCAUGUGGAUGAGCCGCCAAAUAAGCGGGCAAAAAUGAUCCGGGACCCGUUUCAGGGUCCAUCGGACACCGCGGAUGGGUUUUCGAACCUGGACAUGUUCGACCUUGAAAAGGACCUCCCUGACGAGUUGAUGGGGGGUUCUUGGGGUGAACAGCCCGGUGUCACAGGCCCUAAGCCUCCAGCCCAAGGUCCAGGGCCUGGGGGGCAAAUGGGUCAGCAGCAGCUGAAUGGGGAUGAUCCUACUGCUGCAAUGCAACGGCAAAUUAAUAAUCAUCUUAUACAACAAGUCUUUUCACAGGGCAACAAGAGUGGCUUAGUUGGCCACAACAACCCGUUAACACUGGGUAGCUUAGGUAGUAAAAGUCCCAAUCUUCAAUCGCCGCCUAACGUCUCUGUAUCUAAGGAUCUCAUGGGAGGGAUGCAUCAGCAACUUAUACCAAAUACAAGUCAUCCCAAUCAAAUGCAUUCCACUAUGCCUAUGAGUUCUAUUCAAGCUGGUAUGAAUGUAGCGAAUGUGGGUGGCAACAUGGUGGUGACGAACAGCAACAUGUCCGGUGCUGGCAUGUUGGGCGGUGGGAUGAUGAACAAUGUGAACAAGCAGCUGCCGACACUCAUGGGCAAUAAUCACCAUCCGAAUGCGCAGCACCAUCCUCAUGCACAGGCAAUACAGAACGGGCCGUUGGGCGGGCGGGUCGUCGGCGGCGUGGGCGUCGGCGUGGGCGUGGGCAUGCAGGCGCCCAUGCGCUCGGGGCUCGGGCAGGGCGUCGUGCACGGCAUGUCGCACGCGCGCGCCGGCGGCGGCCACCCGCUCGUGCCGUACCACCCGCCGUACGGGCAGCCGGCGGCCGGCGGCGUGCAGCGCGCGGCCGGCGUGCGCUUCGGCGCGCCGCCCGAGGCGGGGGGCGGCGCCGCGCAGGCCGUGCCGCCCGCGCCCUCCCCGCAGACGCCGGGCGCGCCCGCCGGCGGACAGUCACAGCCGCAGGCGGCGGCGGCGCCGGCCGCGCCGAGCACGGGCUCGAUCGCGGACCCGGAGAAGCGCAAGCUGAUCCAGCAGCAGCUCGUGUUGCUGCUGCACGCGCACAAGUGCCAGCGCCGCGAGUCGCAGGCCAACGGCGAGACGUGGACGUGCACGCUACCGCACUGCAAGACCAUGAAGGGCGUGCUCAACCAUAUGAUGUCGUGUCAGGCGGGAAAAAACUGUGCAGUACCUCACUGUUCAUCAUCAAGACAAAUCAUCAAUCACUGGAAACAUUGCAAUAAGAAUGACUGUCCUGUCUGUCUACCACUCAAACAGGCAGAUAGGACUAGAUCUAAUACUAUGAAUGCGGCCGCCGUGUCUCACGCUACAACGGGCGUCGGCGUGGGCGUGGGCGUCAGCGGCGUGGGCGGCGCGGGCGCCAGCGUCGGCGGCGUCAGCGUGAACGUGAACGCGCAACCGCCUAACACGCUGCCGCCCGUCAACCCAUUACAAGGCGGCGCGAACGUAGCGACGAACGCGUCGAACGCGAACGCGGGCGGCGUGGGCGUGGGCGUCGGCGCGGGCGUGGGCGUGGGCCCGCCGGAGCUGAAGCGCGCGUACGAGGCUCUCGGGCUGGGCAUCUGCCCCACGUCGGGGAUGGGCUACGCGCGCGCGCCGCUCGCCCGCCUCGCCGCGCCGCACCAGCCCGUGCAGCAGCUGUUCCACCAGCAGCAGGACGUGCAGCAGCAGCAGCUCGGCGCCGGGGGGUUGCAGCUAGGCGGCGGGCCGGUGACGGCCAACCCCGUGUCGGGCACCAAGGAGUGGCACCAGUCUAUAACACCUGAUCUCAGAAACCACCUCGUGCAUAAACUGGUUCAAGCCAUUUUCCCGACACCCGAUCCCACGGCAAUGCAAGACAAACGUAUGCACAAUUUAGUUGCAUACGCGAGAAAAGUAGAAGGCGACAUGUAUGAAAUGGCUAGUACGCGCUCGGAAUACUAUCAUUUACUAGCCGAAAAGAUAUACAAGAUACAGAAGGAGUUGGAGGAAAAACGACAGAAGAGAAAAGAGCAGCAGUUGCAAGCGCAGCAGGCGCAACAACAACAGAACCAAUUGCAGCAGCAGCAGACUGGGGUUCUGCCCGGCGGGGGUGUGAUGGGCGGUGUAAGGCCCACGGCGCCGGUCGUGGGUGUGGGCGUGGGCAUUGGCGUGGGCGUCGGUAGGCCCAGCCUGCCCGCGCAAGCCGGCUUGCCCGCCAUGCGAAUACCUUCACCCGGCAUGAACCUGCCUAUGUCAGCAAAUCGAAUGACGUAUCAGCCUAACCUCGUUGGUCCGCCUGGCCCUAGUCCUAAUCAGAUGCCGCAAACGCCGAACGGCGGCACGGUGGGCGUGGGCAGCGUGAGCAACGUGAGCAACCCGGGCAUGUCCCCGUUCGGGCAGCCCAUCCCGUCGCCCGCGCAGUACUCGCUGCAGAGCAACGGGCCCGCGCUCGCGUCGCCGUCGCACCAGCCCGACAAGCGGCUCGCGAGCCCGUUCAUGAGCGGCGCGUUCCGCGAGCUGCCGUCGCCCGCGCCCACCACGCCGCACGCCAGCCCCGCGCCCGCGCCCAGCACGCCGCGCCCCGCGCCCGCGCCGCCCGCCCCGCCCGCGCCGCCCAGCCCCGACGUGAAGCGCGAGCCCGUGGAGCCCAAGGACGAGCAGGACGAGGACAGCUGCGGGCCCGGCGGCAAGGGCGCGCGCCCCGACCCCGACAAGGACGCGGAGCGCGCCGACGCGUUCGUCAAGCAGGAGAUCAAACAGGAGAUCAAGCAGGAGGUGAAGGAGGAGCCCGCGGAGGCGCCGCCGCCGGAGCCCGCGCCGCCCGACCGCGGGCCCAAGAAGCCGUUCGUGUUCAAGGCGGAGGAGCUGCGCCAGGCGCUGCUGCCCACGCUGGACAAGCUGUUCCGCCUGGAGCCCGAGUCGCUGCCCUUCCGCCAGCCCGUCGACGCGACGGCGCUCGGCAUCCCGGACUAUUUCGAUAUAGUGACGAAACCCAUAGACUUAUCUACGAUUAAGAUGAAGUUAGACCGUGGUGAAUAUAAGGACCCUUGGGAGUAUGUGGACGAUGUGUGGUUAAUGUUCGAUAAUGCGUGGCUUUACAAUAGGAAAAAUUCGCGAGUGUAUAGAUAUUGUACUAAGUUAUCCGAAGUGUUUGAGGUGGAGAUAGACCCAGUAAUGCAGUCGCUGGGCUACUGCUGCGGCCGCAAGUACACGUUCAACCCGCAGGUGCUCUGCUGCUACGGGAAGCAGCUGUGCACCAUACCGCGGGAUGCGAAGUACUUCAGCUAUCAGAACAGUCUUAAAGCAUAUGGGGUUGUGUCCGAUAGAUACACCUUCUGCCAGAAAUGCUUCAACGACAUCCAGGGCGACACCGUCACGCUCGGCGACGACCCGCUGCAGCCGCAGACCGCAAUCAAAAAAGAUCAGUUCAAAGAAAUGAAGAAUGACCAUCUGGAACAAGAGCCCUUCGUAGUGUGUACAGAUUGCGGGAGGAAGCAGCAUCAGAUAUGCGUGCUGCACCACGACUCGAUUUGGCCUCAAGGCUUCUGCUGUGAUAAUUGUUUGAAGAAGAAGGGGGCCAAACGGAAAGAUAACAAGUUCAGCGCUAAGAAACUGCCGACGUCGAAACUCGGCAUAUUUAUUGAGACUAGAGUGAAUAAUUAUCUUAAGAAAAAAGAGGCUGGUGCUGGCGAAGUGCAUAUCAGGGUGGUCGCGUCGUCGGAUAAGCUUGUAGAAGUGAAGCCAGGCAUGAGAUCGCGAUUUGUAGAAUCUGGGGAGUUAGCGUCAGAAUUCUCCUAUAGAGCGAAAGCGUUAUUUGCAUUUGAAGAAGUAGACGGUAGUGAUGUAUGUUUUUUCGGGAUGCACGUGCAGGAAUACGGGAGCGAAAGUCCGUCGCCGAAUACGAGGCGUGUAUAUAUAGCAUAUCUAGAUUCUGUACAUUUCUUCCAACCGAAGCAGUACCGUACUGCCGUGUAUCACGAAAUACUAUUAGGUUAUUUGGACUACGCCAAACAAUUAGGCUACACUAUGGCCCACAUCUGGGCCUGUCCGCCUUCAGAAGGCGACGAUUAUAUCUUUCACUGCCAUCCGCCCGACCAAAAAAUACCGAAACCGAAGCGAUUGCAGGAGUGGUAUAAGAAAAUGUUAGAUAAAGGAAUUAUAGAAAGGAUAAUAUUAGAUUAUAAAGAUAUUCUGAAGCAAGCCAUGGAGGACAAUAUCUCGUCGGCGGCGGAGUUGCCGUACUUUGAGGGGGACUUUUGGCCGAAUGUUUUAGAAGAGUCUAUCAAGGAGUUGGACCAGGAGGAGGAGGAGAAGAGGAAGCAGGCUGAAGCCGCCGAGGCAGUGGUAUUUCAGUCGUCAGAAGAGAGCGAACAAGGGCCGGACGGCAAGAAGAAAGGGCAGAAGAAAGCGAAGAAGUCGAACAAAUCGAAAGCGGCGCAGCGGAAGAACAGCAAGAAGCAGAGCGACCAGCAGCAGGGCAGCGAUCUCAGCGCGAAGAUAUUUGCGACCAUGGAGAAGCAUAAGGAGGUGUUCUUUGUGAUACGGUUGCACUCUGCGCAGUCUGCCGCUAGUUUAGCUCCUAUUCAAGACCCCGACCCAUUAAUAAACUGUGAUCUGAUGGACGGUCGCGACGCCUUCCUCACUAUGGCGCGCGACCGACACUACGAAUUCUCCUCAACGAGACGAGCUUUCUUCUCAACGCUAUGCAUGUUGUACGAACUACACAACCAAGGCCAAGACAAGUUCGUGUACACGUGCAACAGCUGCAAGUCGCACGUGGAGACCCGCUACCACUGCACCGUGUGCGACGACUUCGACCUGUGCGUGCCCUGCUACGACAAGGAGGGCCACCCGCACAAGAUGGAGAAGCUCGGCUUAGAUCUCGACGUGGGCUCGUCGCCGGGCGACAUGAAGCAGGCCAACCCGCAGGAGGCGCGCAAGCUGUCCAUCCAGCGGUGCAUCCAGUCGCUGGUGCACGCGUGCCAGUGCCGCGACGCGAACUGCCGCCUGCCGUCCUGCCAGAAGAUGAAGCGCGUCGUCACGCACACCAAGAUCUGCAAGCGGAAGACGAAGGGCGACUGCCCGAUCUGCAAGCAGCUCAUCGCGCUGUGCUGCUACCACGCGAAGCACUGCCAGGAGAGCAAGUGCUCGGUGCCGUUCUGCAGCAGCAUCAAGCAGAAGUUGAAGCAGCAGCAAGUGCAGCAGCGUGUGCAGCAACAACAACUACUGCGCCGGCGCAUGGCAGCUAUGAACACGCGGGGCGGCGCCGCGGGGCCCAGCUCGCCGCCGCCCGCGCCGCCGCUGGCCUCGCCGCCGCCCGCCAAGCCCGCCGCGCACGCGCUGCCGCACAACGUGCAGAAGGCGCUGCAGCAGUGCAAACCGCAACAGGUGCAAGAGGAGGCGGCUCGGCAGCAGGCGCCGUCGUACGGCAAGCAGGGCGCGAUGGGCCCGCCGGGCGGCGCGCGGGCCGACUGGGCGGCGCGCUACCGCGGGCCGCCGCCGCUGCACCACGCGCCGCACCACGCGCGCCUGCCGCACGCGCCGCACCACGCGCCGCACGUGCAGCACCCGCCGCACCCGCACCCGCCGCAGCAACAGCGAGCGGGCGCGCCCGCAGCGGCGUCGCAGCCGCAGCACAUGCAGCAGAAGGCGCUGCAGCAGCUCAUGGCCACGCUGCGCUCGCCGACCAGCCCCAACCAGCAGCACGAGAUACUGCAGAUACUCAAGUCCAACCCGCCGCUCAUGGCCGCCUUCAUCAAGCAGCGCGCGCAGAACGCCCAGAACCAACAACAGGCGAGCGGAGGCGUGAGCUCCGUGAGCUCAGUGGGCGGCGUGGGCGGGCACGUGGCGCUGGGCGGCGUGCAGCAGCCGCAGCAGUUGCAGCACAUGAUGCAGCCGCAGCAGCAGCGGCUGCAGCAGAUGCACCAGAUGAUCCCACAACAAGGACAAGUCGGCGGAGUGUCGAACGUCGGCGGCGUGGGAGGCGUCGGCGGCGUGGGCGGCGUGUCGUCCGUGGGGCUGGGCGGCAUGGCGGGCGGCGGCAACGCGUGGUUCAAGCCUGCGGGGCCCGCGGGCGGCGCGGUGGGCGGCGUGGGCGGCAUGGGCGGCGUGGGCGCGGUGGGCGGCGUGAUGGGCAUGCGCGGCGCGUACGCGGGCGCGGCGCCGCGGCUGGCGGCGCGCUACUUCCCGGGCGCGGUGCAGCGCUCGCCGCCCGCCACGCCGUCGCCGCGCCCGCCCACGCCGUCCGAGCUGCUGCUGCUGCGCCAGUCGCCCGCGCCGCCCGCCCCGCACCCGCCCGACGACCAGCUGCCGCCCAUGACGCCGCAGGACCAGCUCACCAAGUUCGUGGAGCAGUUGUAGUGUACAUAGCGCCGCGGUCGGCGGGGCUGUACCAUAUAGCCUAGCGCCCCGCCAACCCGCCCCCUACCCCCUACCCCCUACCCCCUACCCCCCUUAUUUAUUGAUAUCGUCGCGAAGGACGUGUUAGUAUUACGAUGAACGAAUCGAGCGCUCAAUGUACAAAAUGUAAAUAUGAAACGAGUACAUCCUGUCCGCUUUUACGUAAUUGUAAGUUGUUCGUACUGUAGGUACAUUAUGAUACUUAUUCUGUUUAUUGUAAUUAAAUCAUUUUAUAAUAUAAUUAUGUGAUAUUAUA